AUGGCUCCUGGUGACGGCACCUCAUCUGCUUCUACUCCUGCGACCCCGACAACAACUUGCGUUACGGUUACUAACCCCUGCAAUCCUGGCAUAUGCUCCAGCCAAGAUAAGGUCGACGUUGAGGACUGGCUCAACCUGUAUGAGCGUGUUAGCCAAAACAACUGCUGGGACCCUACCAUUAUGCUAGCCAAUGUCCUAUUCUACUUGGGUGGAACUCCUCGUGUCUGGUUCCAGACACACGAGGACGAGAUCUCUAGCUGGGAUGCUUCAAGGAGAAGCUCAGCGACCUCUUUGCAAAUCCCACCGUUCUGCCGAAAGGUGGGAACGGUGGGCUGGCUGUUAGAAAAGAGCUUGCUACUUGAGUUUAGUCUUCUACUGAAUCGUAUGUCUCAUACAUACAAGAAGUGCUCGCUCUUUGCCGGAAAGUCAAUGACAAAAUGUUUCAGGUUGAGAAAGUCGGCCACAUACUCAAAGGGAUUGCGGAUGACGCAUUCAACUUCUUGGUCUUCAACAAUGUGUCCACCAACGUCAUUGUCAAGUACAAAUGGGACAUUGCUUUCCACUAUUUUUAUGACCAAUGAGCUCAAGACAUCGACUUUUAUCUGGAGUUCAGGACCUGUCAUUGCACUGUACUCUGCCUCUCAAGCUUAUGCAGUCCAACUCGAGCUAAAGGAAGCCAUCAUCUGGUGCUGUGUACAGCAAGCACAUGCUUCGGGCAAGGAGGGAGCCAGCACCAUAUCUACAUCAGCAAGAACAUCGGUGCUCAAAAUAAACAUUUUCUUUGCAAAUACCUGUCUUUUUAUACUUCCAGCAUGA